CUACUGCCUUUCGUGCGUGCGAGAAUGGGUGUUUUUUUUAAUUGGGGGUCAGUUAGGUUGGUUGGUGUAGGGGUAGGGGUGAUGGGUGGAUAAGAUGGUGAUGAAGGAGGAGGAGGAGGAGGAAGCAUUACCAAUACCUGUGACAUCGUAAUAAGUUUGUCGUAGUAGUAUUGGUAAUAGUGAUGGUGGUGGGUAGUUCCAAUAUUACUACAACUACUACUACUACUACUACUACUACUACUACUACUACUACUACUACUACUACUACUACUACUACUUCUAAUAAUAAUAAUAAUAAUAAUAAUAUGUAUGUAUGUAUGUAUGUAUGUAUAUAUGUGUCUAGUAUGUUUUAUGCUCUUGUAUGAUCCCUUAGAUGUGGCAGAGUGACGCAGGUGAGGCCAGCACAUAACAUUUCACGAGUUCACGAAGGCGAGACUGACACAAUCGAAACAUUUGAAACCGCUGUUAAUGGCCAGACAAGUGUGUCACAGUCAUGUUUGGUGUUGGAUUAAGAACACACUGUAUAUGUGCAAAAAGCUCCACCUAGUAUAUAAAGUAAAAGGAAAAAACUAACACAGUAUGAGAAAACAAUCAUACAAAUCACAGAAUAUUAAAUACAAAUGCGUGUGAGUCAGGAGUGUAUGAGGACGUGACGUGAUGGUCUAUGAGGCUCCAAGGGACGCUCCCAAGGGCUGGGCACCAGACAGCUCAGCCAAGGAGCUCACCCUUGUCUGGCUUGUCCCUGAAGUACGACAUUCCUCACCUGACUCAUUAGUGGACUUACUAAGCUCCUCUGGCCACUCACUUGUCAGAUGCAGGUGUAAGGGACUAAAAGGUUACUUGUAGUCAGUUGUUUAUUUAUUUAUUUAUUUUCUGUCUUGUCUUUUAGAUUUGAUCAGAGUAUUUCUGCUUUCUUGCUUGGUUUUUUAUUAUUAAUUGUACAACAGUAGAGUAAUGCUUCCGCUGUAUUCUUAUAUAGAUAACUUUAACGUUUGUUCAGCAUUGUUCAAAUUUAGUAAUUGCAUAAAACUUAAAGCACAGAUAUAAGUUACGAGUACAAGAUGGCUGCGUGUCCAUGGUGCAGCAGCAGCAGCAGUUGCGCGGCGCGGUGCGGCGCGGGGCUUGCCGCGUCGCCAGUGCGUUGGUAUGCAGGCAGCCACGCUCAGCUGUUUUGCAGACGCCGUUGAGGAACGCAGAUGACCCGUGGGCAGCCCCGUGGCCCCGCAUCCCUGCAGGUCCUCGGGGCGCUGCGCACCUGUACCGCCUGCCCGUCACUUGGCGGGAGAGGAACAAAAAGUUUGCACAGCACCUGUUGUAACCUUUCCUCUCCCCUUCCAUUUCCUCUUUCCCCGCAUCCACCCUCCUCUUAAACCCCCCACACCCCGCCAGUCCGCCGCGCCACAUCCCGCCACGCGCGUCACCACGUGCACCACACCUGUUGUGCCCCCAGCCUGCCCCCUGCCCCUACCACCUGCCCGCCACGCGCGCCACCACGUGCACCACACCUGCCAAUGUUUACAAACACAGUCUGGCUUCGCAGCCGCCACGCCUCCCCACCGCUGUGCAUCGCGGCGCCGCACUCACGCACAACACCCCCUGGGCUACGCCAACACGCCGCCACGCAGCCAUUACCUCCACACGCCAUAAAACAUGCACGAGUUUGCCAAAUUUCGGCAGCCGCCAUCCGCCGCACGCGCUCUCACCACGUGCUAGUGAAAGGGGGCGGAGGGACACCUGUUGUGCGGCAGACAGAACCUCACCCUCACAAGACACAGCCCAGUCUAUCAGAUGGUUCACUCUGCGCCCCUGUGUCUGCAUUAGUUUCCUUCAGUGUGGUGGGAAGGAGGUCGCCAGGUAGCCCAGCGAGGACCCAGGUCUUACAUCAUUGCCAAGAUCAUCACCACUGAUCCCAGACAGGCCACCACCACCACUACCCGCUGUUGCUGCUGACACCACGUCGCUGGGGAUGCCCUGGAGAACUUGGGUGGGCAUGGCUGCAGAAUCCCAGCACUCCUGUAAUAAAGCUCAGUAUGCACCAGCAGGCGAGUUCAGUAUUAUGAAUCAACAUUAUAACACGGGAAACCGAUGUAACGAUGUAUACAAUGAGUAGUUACAAUUGGUCAUUACACGAAGCCGAGGGGGAAGCAUGGAGGUGGAGGAGGCGAUGACGAGGAUGGAGGAGCAGGAGCAGUUCACUUUGUCCGAGGUCUGUGUGCAGGUAAGACUGGUGAAAAAGGUAAAAAGUCCCCUUGCAAGCCAAAAGUACUACAUACUGCUGUUCUCAAGCUUAGGAUAGCCUAAACAAUUCCCAGAUGCUGUCUUGCCAACAACGAUGUCCGUGCUAAUGGAAGAAAGGCUUUUAAGCAAGGAAAAGGAGACCACAUUUCUGCUUCAGAGAUUCUGAUGCCUUCUAGAGUAUAAGGCCACUGCUCAAGAAGGGGAGAAGUCAUCCCUCAGCCUUGGAUUUUGUUGGUCCUCCACUCACUUGUACCUCAUAUAAGGAACUAGUAAGACUGUGUUAGCUAGCUGUGAUGCUGGUACAUAAGCUGCAAUGUUCAAAGUCCUGGAGACUCCACAACUCAGAUGAAUGUCUUGUUGAUUUUUUUUUUUUUUUCUUUAUAUAAAAUAACUUACCUUACAAACCAUGUGAUCAUUCUCUGGAUAGUCUUCCUAGUAUUGUAAUUAUUACAAACCAUGUGGUCUUUCUCCGGAGAGACUUCCUAGUAUUGUAAUUAACAUUUGUAUCUUCACAAACCUACAGCAGCCAUGUCAUGGCACUAAACAGUUGUAUUAGCUUGAAAUAAACCAACUGUGCUGCAGAA